CCCGCCCGGCUUUCCUUGCCCGCCUCGCGUUCGCGCGGGCGAGCAGGGCCCGGGCUGCUGGAGCCCAGGUGGCCGGCCCGCCGCGGCCGCGCUGCCCAACCCCCAGGGCGCCCCGCGGGGAGCAGGGAGGCCCUGGCCGCCCUGGCUCUGGCGCCGUGGGCGCUGCCGCCCCGUGCGGCGGCGUCGCUGCUGCGGCGGGGAGGCGGCUGCGUCGUGGAAGAGCCCAGCGGCUCUGCGAACGACUGUACCAUCACCCACGUGACGCUGCGCAGCGACCUCGGCUUCCCGGUGCAGAUCGAGAAGACGGGGGACACGGCAUACGAGGGCACGAUGUGCGAGGGCAUGAGCGGCUUCAGGACCGCCGUGAAGCAGGCGGCGCCGGUCUUCACCUCCGGAGGAGCGCUCUGGGAGGGGGCGGCAGUGGCCACGCAGGACGUGGCGCCGGGAUCCUCCGAGUCGUUCGCCAUCGUCGUGAAAGCGCUCAAGGGCGCGAACAUCACGUCUUCGACCGAGUACACCCUGACCGUGAAGCGGCUGUCGAGCGGGGCGGACCAGACCCCGUGCGAGGUGACCUACCAGCGCUCCGCCAUAGAGGACUGCGGGUACGCUCCCAUGCUGGAGAAGAGGAGGCAGGAGGCCGCGCUCAACCCCACCGUGGCAGAGCCGGCCACGCCCGCGCCGGAGGCGGUCGCCUGCUACGGCACCUUCUGCGGGCCCCUGGGCCGCCUGGUCCUGGCGGGCCUGGGGGCCGCCGCCUGCGCCUCGCUGCGAGGAGCGUGCUUCAUCGUCAUCGGCGCGCGCGUCUCCCGGCGUCUGCGGCAGCGCCUCUUCAAGUCCCUGCUGGUGCAGGAGAUCGGCUUCUUCGACACCACGAAGACCGGGGAGAUCACCUCCCGCCUCACGCAGGACUGCCAGAAGGCGGCGGACCAGGUCACUUUCAACGUCAACAUCUUCUCUCGCACCGUGGUGCAGCUGAUCACCACCCUGUGUUUCAUGAUGUACCAGUCGCCCGAGCUGACGCUGACCUCGUGCGCGACGGUGCCGGUCGUGGUGUUCAUCUCGAAGAGGUACGGACGUUUUAUGGAGAAGUUAUCCAAGGAGGUCCAGCAGAAAUUGGCGGACGCCAAUGCGGUUGCAGAG